AUGAAUUUACCUAUUGAGGUUUUAGACCGUGUGGUCACAAGCGGGUUGGAUAGUUUUGAAAGUUUGAUGGCAUGGAGCCAGAUAGGAGUGCAUUUUCGGUCGGUUGUUCGGAAAAAGCUAGGGAUUUUAGCGAUUAUUGAUUCAGAUAAACAUGCAUCCAGGGCGUCUCCAGCUCCGUUAAAUUACGAUUUGGUGUCUGAUGAGUCAAAUACGAUGUGUGUGUUUAGUGACACAUUUGAUUUUGGGAAUGUGAGUGAGUUUUUGGGUAGGUUUGAUAAUAUAUUAGUGGUGGUAAUGAGCGAUCGGUUUUACAGCGAUCCAUUAGCGACGACGUUGGGGGAGUUGAGCAAAGGGUUGAGUGGUAUGGGCCAGGAGAAAAAUAUCUGUUUGAUUUACAAAACGUACGUGAACUUUUUGUCUAAGUUUUACUUCCGAGAGCUUUGUCACUGCAGCGCGCUGUUGAGGUUGUGUGAGUUGCACAUCUUGGCUAAUAGUAGCGGAGCGUUUGAUAGGGAGGAAGUGGAUAUGUUUGAUGUGGAUACGAUAUUUGAAAAUACGUACCUACACAAUGUGGAGAUUGUAUACACUUUGAAUUUGCGACGUGGCCGGAAGAUGAUGGCACCGAAAUUGCGCACAUUGAAGCACUUGCAAGUAGAGGACAAUAGCGGCAUAGUGGAGAGUUUGAAGUAUUGCCCACUGCUUUCGAGUAUCGACCAGUACCAGCUUCCACCGGGGAGGACUGUUAUUUUACCGCCUUGUGACCAUCUUGUGAUUGCCAACUACAACACAAAUGUGGUGCGGGAUCUUGUGGAUGGCUCCCAUGUAAGGGAGUCGCUAACGAUUAAACCGUCGUUACUCAGCAGCGAGCCGAAAUUCAUGAACAUCAAAUGCCCUAGCAUUAUCUCGUUAUACCUUGAGUUCAACACCAAUAUCUUGGGUAACGUCAAGUUCAUUGAUUGCUUUUUCGGUAACCUCAAGAGCUACAAAGCACCAAUCAGCACCGAUUGGGAAGAUUUAGUGUACUCCAAAUCUGUAUAUAUCGAUACUAUCGGAUUCACGGUAUCGAGUAUACUGUCUCUGCAGAAUCUCUGUGAGAUUCCGUUCAGUUUGAAUAAGCUAAUUCUCUAUUCAAGCGAUGUCGAGCUUCAGGUGACGGAGCUGCAACCUGUUCAGCUUGAAACAGUGUCCAGCUACAAACAAAUCAUCCAGGACCUAAAGCGGAUUGAGUUCCAUCUACAUAGCAUCUGGGAUUGUGUUGUGUUCCAACACAAUAUCCUCCCAUUUCUUGUAGAAGACACAGAACUCUUUGUAGAGAUUGACAGGUAUAGUAUUGCGAACGAAAUACUCAAGGCUCGCAUGAAGGACUCGACCUUAUCCCAGCUAGCUAUCUUACAGUUGAACUGGAAUCAAAGCAAGUUGGUGUUCCGAAUCCCGAAACUCAAAGCCUUCCAGAUAUAUUCCAACGCUCAGCAACAGCAGUUCCAUGAGUCAAGAGGACGCUCUUCUUCUAUGAACGGCGAUACUUUGUCAUUGCUACACCCUUUAGUACAUACUACGGAAAAUGCUUUUGCGAACAGGUCGCAAAUAGAUAUCAUCGACUUUAUCGAUAUGAACACCUAA